GCCGGCGCAAUGUGGCCUGGAGUACUACCGUUACUGGUGUUACUAGCGGUCCUGCUGCAUCCAUCGAGAUGUACGCAGAUAAAAGUGAACUUUCGGGAGAAGGAGAAGCAGGUGCUCGACAACAUCCUAGGACCAGGCCGAUACGAUGCGCGCAUCCGGCCGAGCGGGGAGAACGGAACAGAUGGGCCGGCCAUUGUCCGGGUAAACCUGUUUGUGCGAAGCAUUGCGACAAUUAGUGACAUCAAGAUGGAAUACUCCGUACAAUUAACAUUUCGGGAACAAUGGUUGGAUGAGAGAUUACGGUUUAAUGACUUUGGAGGUCGGCUUAAAUAUUUAACCCUGACGGAGGCUAAUCGCGUCUGGAUGCCGGAUCUGUUUUUCUCGAACGAGAAGGAGGGCCACUUCCACAAUAUCAUCAUGCCCAACGUAUACAUACGAAUUUUCCCGAAUGGCUCAGUUCUUUAUAGCAUACGGAUAUCCUUGACGCUCUCGUGUCCCAUGAAUUUGAAACUGUAUCCCCUGGAUCGACAAAUUUGCUCACUUCGUAUGGCCAGUUACGGAUGGACGACAGACGACUUGGUCUUUCUCUGGAAGGAAGGCGACCCCGUUCAAGUGGUCAAGAAUUUACAUCUACCCAGGUUCACCCUCGAGAAAUUCCUCACGGACUACUGCAAUAGCAAGACAAACACCGGAGAGUACAGUUGCUUGAAAGUGGACCUGAUGUUCAAGAGGGAAUUCAGUUACUAUCUCAUUCAAAUCUACAUCCCGUGCUGCAUGCUUGUUAUCGUGUCCUGGGUGUCUUUCUGGCUGGAUCAGAGCGCCGUGCCUGCUCGGGUGUCACUAGGCGUUACGACACUGCUGACGAUGGCCACGCAGACAUCGGGGAUAAACGCCUCACUGCCACCGGUAUCCUACACAAAGGCUAUUGACGUCUGGACGGGGGUGUGCUUGACUUUUGUGUUUGGCGCACUACUCGAAUUCGCGCUGGUAAACUACGCGUCGCGUAGCGACAUGCACAGCGACAACAUAAAGAAGCAGUUUGCACCCGAGAUGGAACAUUCGUCGUCGAUCGACCCAUCCUCGGAAUUGCUCGAGCCAGAUGGAUCCGCCAAUUUCGCUAUGCAAGAGCAACAGCAUCGUACCGGCAAUCCAUCGAUGACGCAGCAUCAUUCGCUACCGCGUACAUACCAGCAAGAUCAUCAGCAAGAACAGCAUCACCACCACCACCAUCAUCACCAUCAUCAUCACCAGUUACAUCAGCGUUAUCAUCCGAAUCGUUCGCCGUCACCGUCUUUCUCGUUAUUGAAUGACGAAGACUGCGUCGCCGGUCGGUGCUCGCCGAUGAGGGCACCGCGACAUCAUUCGCGCAGAAGCUCGGCGAGAUCGUCGCCGUCACCCUCGCGAUGGCCUUCGCCGGCUUCCUCCGCGUCGCCUUUGGGCACACCGUCGCGUAAUUUGUCGCGUGGCGCGACGCCCUCGCCGCCGAUCGCGGCACCGACUGCUUCAUCUGCGGUACUGCCACGCACGUGGGUGACGGUGCCAGAGCAGACAUGCUGGCGUAAUCUGGUGCAAAAAUUAUGCACCUGUCAUGCCCAAGGCAGCGCGAGGAUCGACAUUGUCGCGCGUAUUGCCUUCCCUCUUGCAUUUGCUUUCUUCAACUUAGCCUACUGGUCUGUUUAUCUGAUUCGCGACGAAAACGAUAAUGUAAGGAAAGAAUAAAGAGAAGGAAGAAAAAAGUAUACAGAACCAAGAUCAUGUAUGCGAAGUCAAGCCCAAGAGUACGAUUCAUAAAGUCGGGAGAAAUCCUUGAAGAAAUACCGAGGCAAAUAUACUCCGAUCCUAAGAUAAUACGUUAACAUCAACAACAUCGUAAAUUGGAUUGCGUUUGCUCAACAAAGACCGACUGUAUGAUGAGGCACUUCGACGAGGAGAUUCCUUCCAUUGCCUGCGAAACGGAAACAUUUCAGGAGGAGGAUCAUCUGAGGUGCAACGAGGAUGUUAGCGGCGUUUGGUAGAGAUCUCGCGACGGUCAAAAUGAUGAGGACGAUGAAACACCUUAGCUGUAUCCUAUAUUUCACACAUAUAAACACAGACACAUGCAUGCAUAUACGCACAUCGUACCUCAUAAUCCGCUCGGAAGACCGCGUGCCACAGACUGAACUGAAAACGUAGUGGGCCCUGUAUAGCCACGGCCUGUUAACAAUUAAAGAAAACAAAAAAGCGUAAAGUUUAUAAGUAUAACUAUAUCUACGUUGCGCGAAAUUGCGCGUCGCCGGACGCGUCCGUCGUUGCGAAAAUAACGUCGGACAGUUCGCCGAAUCUGAUAAAUGUUACCAUAAGACGGGGGUAACGAUGAGAUAAUACAUGACACAUCGAGACAACGUAGUUUGCUUUGAUUUUCACGCGAAACGACAAGCGCAUGAGAAUUAGGCGGCGCCUUGUUGUUUCAAGAAUCACGAAAUAACUGGUAUUGGCUCGCGGUGUUGCGUAUUAUUUUUUCUCGAGGCUGCAUCAAGUGCACACGAAGCCGCGGAAUGUUCGACACUGCAGAAAAAAUGUUAGAAGCUAUAUAUCUAGAAAAGUGCUGAACAUUACGUUGAUCUUUUGGGUGUACAAGACAGCUUAUUGGUAUGAGCUAGCGGAUUUAUCAAUCCUAGCGGUACCAAACGAUACGGACUGGAGUGUUGGUAGUCCAUGUUUUUGAAUUGCCAUAUUUUUUAUUUAUUCUAUAUAAUUCAAAAGGAAAGUAUCAGGAAAUAGUCAUCACGAAAGGUGAAAUUUGAGAGACGUUACAACUUAAUUAUAUCGAUGGAUUUCGAAGCACACCCCUAUUCUUCCACUGAUACAAAAUGUCUUGGUAUCGCUAGGCUCAAUUCUUAUCCAGGCAGUUCUUCUUUUCGCGAAAAAAAAAAGACUUAACGUUCGCGAAAGCGAUUAUUUGAAGUUAUCAGUGAACGAAGAUUCUAAGCUUUUUAAACGGAUUUGGAGAGAAACAAUGAGCAAACGAAAAUGUUUUCUUUUUUUUCGCGAAGAUGAUCCGGAGCCUGGAUGAAGAUUGACGUAGACACGCGGUUGUGAGCCGAGGGCGAUCGCGGGCCCGCGAUACGAAGUAUCGACGAAGCGGUCGCAUCGGGCGCAGACCGCGUACAACGUAUUUCCUGUUUCCAAUGCCCCGGAUCAGUGUUCGUCUGGGGGAGGGUAAGACUCCCAGCGACGCGGCACGGGGCUCUCCCACAUAUAUUGCUCAGAAGAGAUCGACGAUGCCGCGCCCGGAAAUCUACUCGUCGAGGAGCUGCGGUGUCGUCGACCUCGUGGAUGGAACGAGGAGACGACGGAGACACGCAGAACGUGCUCACUGAGAAAGGAGAAAGAAGAAAAAAAAAAGAAAAGAAUAAAAAAAAGCGAGAGAAAAGGCGGUGCGGAUGAUUGUAUUUUUUUGAAACACGAUGGAAGACGCUAUCCUUGAACAACAAAACAAUUAGCACGUUUGCUGGCGUCGACGACGGCAUAAAAAAAUGAUGAAAGCACAUCUGAUGGCGAAGAGUGAGAGGUGCGCAGUCAAGAUAAAUAACGCGUUACGCCUUCGAUUUCAAAUCUGGAAAAUCGUCCGGAGAGGGUACUUCUGGCCUCCGACGAAUGGCUCGCGAAGGGGUGAGUUUCGUCGUUACGUGAACAUGCCCGAUCGCACCACCCGUUCUUCCCCGUUCGUCGUAUCUUCCUUUUACUUCGUACAACCGAUAGCAUAGCGCGUGCGUAAGAACACUUUAAAUUCAAGUGUGUAAAAAGUUCCAUUCAUGUGUAUGUACGUACGUGCGUGCGUGCGUGUGUGUGUGUGUGUGUUUUAGUUUUCCGUGUAAAAAUAACACUUAUACUGCAUAAAGAGAUAAAUUUACAUAUUUAAACAUGUAGUUUGCUGUUAAUUUUAAACGGAAAUUACACACAUGAAUAAGAAAUUUUUUACACAUUUGGAUUUGCAGUAAGGUGAGAAUUUCGCGGAUUUACCAAUCCGCCCAUGUCAUCGACCAGUAUCUCACGCCUUUGUAGGAUCGCAUGUUGUAUCUAGGGACAGUCACUUCUUUCUAUUAAAAAAAAAAAAUUAUGGUCCGUAUUACAUUCCGUCAGUUCGACGCGAUAAAUAGAAACUGAUAAAUAGAUUUCGUCGUUCUGAGAUUCAACACUCGCUUUUAUAAAUAGCGAAAAGCAUCUGUCUCCGGAUACAACAAGCCCUCCCUGAUUCCGUGAAGCGCGAUAGGAACGGAGCGUCUUUAUGAAAGAUUUAUUGUCGUAAAUGCAAAUAUAAAUAUCAUUCACGGUGAAUGUGUUUUUUUAUAAUGAAUCGCCGCACUUUUCGAAAAUAUUACCGUAAAGGUAUAUUAUAGAGAGAGAGUAGAGCGAAUAUUCAGCUGCGAGGGUAAUAAGUUUAUAUUUACGUCACGGUUCACGAACGAGAUUAGGCGAGAUUAUCGUUUAGGCAGACCUGUCCAAAAUCCUAGGUGGAUGAAAAAACGCAUUAUUUUUGCGAGCGAGAAUUAUUUUUUAUUCGGACGAUCAAGACACACCCGCACGGAUAUGUUUCUCUUUAACCCUUUCAGGGAGGAGAUUACUCUCCCAUCGUAGAACAAUAGUACAUCUCGUGAUGCCGAGCGAUAUCGAUUACCAUUUUCCUAAAAAUUCAACAUUGAAUAUUGGUGAAAUCGGACAAGUGCACAUUGUAAUCUCUCGACCCGUGACUCGUCAUCAAAUUCUUCAUCUCUUGAUUCGCGCAAUCCUGGCGCGAACAGAGGAACGACAUAUUUGCGUAGUGUAUUCGAUGUAUACAUAGCAUUGAGAACGAUUCCCGGUGUCAGUCAGUUGCGCGUCUAUGCGUAAGAUAUCCGAAUCAAUAUCGUAAUCCAAGUUAGAUGAACCAGUGCAGUAUUAUCAUGAACGUAAUGUUAGCAAUAAUCGAAAGGAACACCUAAUCUUCAUUUUUUAUCUCCAUUGUUUUCAAUAUGAUCGUAAACUUGUAACGUAGACAAAUGGUCAUAUUCGUUUCUUAUUUUUCUGUUGAGCCAUUCCGUAUUCUCUUCCGUGUCUAUCUGCAUUCGUGUCUACGUGUAUGUAUGUGUUGUGUAUUCGUAUGUAUGUAUGUGUGUGUAUGUAUGUGUGGUUUGGAUAUAGUACGCGUGGACACGUCGUGAUUUCCACGUAAACACCCGGUAUUAUCGGCUUCCGAAACUCUCGGGAUGGGUGCGACUCCGUGUUUAUUAUUUAAGGAUCUGUCUCUCCGUAUGCGUCUACGCGAGAGACUCAAAGGGACACAAAGCCAGUAUUUGCGAAACAAUUACGACGAUUGAACGCGCAUCUAUCCUGCGCCUUGUCGGCCGUACAUACACAAAAAUUGCGAUUCGUGAUGUGUUAAACGAGCGUACUCUCGAUAGCGUACCCGCGCUCAGAUGUCCGUAUAGCAAAAUUCAUCCGAUACUCGGUAUUGCACGGUCCGAAUCGACAAAUUUAAGUAGCUGCGAAAUUUCAUGGGGCUACCAAGAAUCGUUAAUAAAAAUAGAAUAAUCCGCGCGAAAUUCUUCACAUCAUUCUUAGAAAGGAAAAAAAACCUAUUUCAACGACAAGCGUGUCGUGUUCCGAGGUAUCUCGCUUCGUUUCCCCACUCACGCGAGGAGUCACAGGAGAAGACGAUCGAGAGAUUAUAUUUUGCGCGAAAAAUCACAGGAUAUCCUAACACGCCGCAACCGUACAGAGCAACCGUAACGAGCGGGGAGAGAUUUUCUCCAAGAGUUGCAUUUGACUUGUGUUUACGUGGCUCAUGUCAAAACGUGGGACUCAAUUUGCAUAUUUGAUUUGCGAUAGAAAGCUGCUUCCAAAGCGUUGUCUCGUCUCCUAUCACCGAUUUGUUUCCUCUUUUCGAAAAGCCACUGCUUGAAUCUUGAAGACGAGUCGCUUCCGACUAUCUUAGCGGUCGCUAAGGAAAAUUGACUGACAUUUAAUUAUAGAUUUCAUCAAAUCUGCUGCACGCACGCGCAGGCACACGUGUGUCGCCGACAGAUACGUAUCCUCCUCAGUUCCAGCGUUGUAAUGUUGAAGAGAAAAAAAAAGAGAUGAAAGAAAAGUAUUGGAAAUACACAGCAUCCGCGUCCACUGAGGAGGAUACGUGCGGUGACCAGAAGUUAAGGACGACCGUGUACAAUUUUCACCCUCACCCUCACACCCGGCAUUUGCUUGCUUGGAGUCAUCUCGGUCCAAGCGAGAUCGAUCCGCACAUCAAGAACACAUAUAGUGUCUCACCGUACAUACUCACACUCAAACACACAUACACAUGAAUAUAUUGACCCUCGCACGCACAUAAAGUACGAUCCUGUUGUAUCGCGGACAUAAUUAUAAGCGCGCCAUAGAGCUCUCUCUCCCACGUCCGAAGACACACCUAAAGGGGUUUUAAUGUUAUUGUUAUAUGCGUACGUUGUAAUAUAUGUGAACGAAGCAUGCUGAGCCCUGUAAAGAAAAAAUAAAUCCCUCCUUUACCCCUAACUCAUGCGAGGAGCUUGUUACACGCGUGUGCACACACGUACAAAUAUUCAUAUAUGUCCCACAAAGAAGUCGCGUUAUCCGCGGCAUGUUACAUCGCCGAGCCCGAUGGAAAAAUCGUAUUUCGACGUUAACAUUACGAUUAGAACAUCGGUAUAGAGUAUAUUGUUUCCUUGUAAUCACAAACGGACGACGAGCGAAUCCGCUCACGGCCUGGGCCAGAACUACGGCGUACUUUUCGAACACAAAUCGUCUAACAUUCUGAAAUUGACAGGCACAGUAAACUUUUACGCCGAUUUAUAAUAAUUAAUAAUUUAUUGAAACUCGAUGAUCGAAUAUAGAAUAUCCUCUAGGAAACUUAUUGUGUCUUUUAAUCGAUUCGAAGGUGCAACCCGAAGUUUCGGUCGAGGCUGCGGAGAGGACCUUCUCGCCGUAAUCUCAAUUCAAUCGUUCAACGUCGAUCACCUCCCUCCUCGUCUCGAUUAAUCCCUUUAAAAACCGCGCUCGCCCCGAAUAAGUAUCGACGAGCGGAUAUUAUACGUUGUCCACAAUAAUCGUAAAAAGAUUGUGUCCUCCCCCGGCGAAAACGGCGGAACAAUCGACUCUCUCGAGCGAGCACGCGCCUCGGGAGAACGUAAGACGAAAGAUAUAUUGCAUGUUUGUGAUUCGUAAGUGCAUUUAAGCGCACGAUAUUCCAAGAUGUGUAAUAAAUUUGUAUCGUGGCACAUAGUCCGAUAAAAAAAAAAGAAAA